CAAUCUCCCGAAUACGUAGCCGCGCGUCUAUGGCGGAUGAAUAAACUAUUGUGUUUUUUAAAAUAUAUUUCAUUUGUUUUUCUUUGGAAAGGACCGUGAAUUUUUUGAAAAAAGGUAGGAAGUACUUUGUUUUGAAUGUAGUUGUUGUUGUGGUGUUUGCUUUUUGAUUUUAUUCGCAUAGAAGUGCUAUUUCCCAUGCAUUGAUAUUGUGUGAUUUUGUAUAUUAUUAAAAUAUCUUCAUAUUUUGCGAGAUGUUUUGCUAGAAAAGCUGAUUUCAAUCCUUUAUUGAUUCAGUGUUACUACAGGAGGAAACCUAAAUUAAACUAACUUUAUUUAUACUGGAUAGCUCUAUCAGUUCUAAACUGUUCUUCCUAGAGGUCCAGUAAGACUCAUCUCUUAUUGAUCCAGUGUUACUACAGGAGGAAACCUAAAUUAAACUAACUUUAUUUAUACUGGAUAGCUCUAUCAGUUCUAAACUGUUCUUCCUAGAGGUCCAGUAAGACUCAUCUCUUAUUGAUCCAGUGUUACUACAGGAGGAAACCUAAAUUAAACUAACUUUAUUUAUACUGGAUAGCUCUAUCAGUUCUAAACUGUUCUUCCUAGAGGUCCAGUAAGACUCAUCUCUUAUUGAUUCAGUGUUAGUACAGGAGGAAACCUAAAUUAAACUAACUUUAUUUAUACUGUAUAGCUCUAUCAGUUCUAAACUGUUCUUCCUAGAGGUCCAGUAAGACUCAUCUCUUAUUGAUUCAGUGUUACUACAGGAGGAAACCUAGACUAUUUAACUAACUUUAUUUAUACUGGAUAGCUCUAUCAGUUCUAAACUGUUGUUUCUAGAGGUCCGGUAAGGUUCAUCUCUUAUUGAUCCAGUGUUAUGUCUCAAUCAAUUCCAUGGUUGCCCAUUCCCCGGGCAUUUGUCGGGCAUUCUCAACUGUACUUGUUCCCAGGGUCGGGCAUUUGCUUUUUGCAGGGUUAGCCAUGGGGUGGGGAAUUUGCUCGAGGCUAAAAAGUCGAAUAUUUAUUGCUUGUUUUGCCAUUUAGCCGUACUUUUGUAUGCAUGUUUACACGAGCGUGCGUAUCGCAAAUUAAUCAUGGCGGACAUACACUCAUACACAAGACUUUUUUCUUGGCCAUCCUGUUGAUACAGUUUGAUAUUUCUAUAUAAAGUUUUGAGACUUCAAUAUUUUAAUUAAAAACGGUUUGAAACGAAAUGGCUACAGAUAUAUUGUACGUGAUAGAGCUUGGAUUCGAUUUUUUGGAUCGGAAAUCCUCAGAAAACUUAUAUUUUGUCCCCCAAGGGUGAGGCAUUUGCGUCAAUGUAAGUCUCCAAGGGUGGGGAUUUUGUUGCAUUAUUUGGACCCCAUACUGGGGCAUUUGCAACAGUUUUUUUCGCCAAAAUGACAAAAGCCCAACAAAUGCCCGAGAGGGGGGGGGGAGUUGGGCACCCAUGGAAUUGAUUGAGACAUUACUACAGGAGGAAACCUAAAAUAAACUAACUUUAUUUAUACUGGAUAGCUCUAUCGUUCUAAACUAUUCUCCCUUGAAGUCCAGUGUAAACAAUAAUCUUUUAUUGAUUGAGUGUUACUACUUUUAAGUAAACCUAAACUAAACUAACUUUAUUCAUACUUGUAUUGCUGAAUAGCUACAUAUCCAGUAAGGGUCAUCUCUUAUUGAUCUAAAGUGUUUUUUCUUAGAGGACCAAUCAUUGAUGCAAAAUGAAGGUGAAAGAAAUAGCUAGAACGGCGAACAUUGCCUGGAGUCCUGCAUCGCAUCAUCCAAUAUAUCUGGCUGCGGGAACUGCAGCUCAACAGCUAGAUGCCACCUUUAGGUAAGCUUUUGAACUAUUGCAAAUGUUUUGUUGCAUAACCCAUUAAGUGUUACUGUGUUCUAUGGCAGGAAUAAUACUUGUGGUUAGUGCUUGCAACCCUCGAAAUUUGCCUCGGCACUUGGCAAUUGCCGACGCAAAUGCCGAGGCAAGUUACAAUUUUUCAUAGUUUGCCUCGGCAAAAAAAUGCCGAGACAAUUCCACCCGCUGUUCCUUAACUUACAAACUACAGUUUCUGUUCGUUUUUUUCUUCUUAAAUAUACAAACUACAGUGUUAGUUUUUUGUAUCACUUCUUUGUUCGAAUUGUUGUCAUCGACGUUGGGUGGACAACAGAAAAUUUCAUUCAUAGCUACUUUACAAAAUAUUUAAAUUUGAGCUUUUCAUGCAGCGUCGGCUUCGGUUGAAAUAAAGAACAAUCUUGAUGGUUUAAAGACAGUACGUCAAGAAACUUUGUUUUAUCUUUUAGACUGUCGCGUGAUUUUACCGUCAAGUUUAUUCUUUCAUACAAUUGGUUGUAAAUUACCACUAACUUUUUAAAAACAUUUUGAAUCAGGAAUUUGUAAAAUAACAAUAAAUUGUCGAACGUCAGAAGUCUCAAAAUCUACGCUCGUUACAAUAUUUGUUUACAAUAAUUUCCGUAUGUACUUUACUUUAAUUACAACUGCCGACGUGAAUGUCGAAGGGUGCCGAAGUAAUUGCCGAAGGAAUUUAAGGUGAUUUCAUUGCGUGCCUCGGCAAAAAAAAUUGCAGAGGCACUGCCGAGGCAAACUCGAAAAUUAUCGAAAGGCUUCGGCAAUUAUUUGCCGAGGCAAAAAUAGUUGAAUUUCGAGGGUUGUGCUUGACAACUCGACUAAGGGUCUGUUCAUAUGGGCAAGAGUUAUCCCGGUUAACGAGAGAACUUUUCGACUAGCCAAAUACUUUUGUUUUGUUCAUGUGGAGAAAUAUUAUCCCACUUACCGGGAAAAGUUUCCGGCUGUGACGCAGCACUGAACAUCAAUUGAAUUGAAAAGUUGCUGACAUGACAAAAAGUUAUCCCGCUAAGCGGGAAAGUUGUGUUCAUAUGGGAAAAACAUUAUCCCGGUCACCGAGAUCUCACCUGUCAACAAGCGAAAUCUCGGUACACGAGAAAACUUUUCGUCUCAUAUGAAUGCAAUGUAACUUUUCAUAUUAUUUUCGUAACAAGGCGAGAUCUCACUCGUAAACUUGUCGAAAAGUUUUCUCGCUAAUCGGGAUAACUUCUGCCCAUAUGAACAGGCCCUAAGUUGGUGUUUGUGACGUCACUCUGAGUGUAUACCCACACCGGGCAAGCUUGAAAAAUAUGCCUGGCCAUGGUGGGAAUCGAAUCUAUGGCCUUUAGAAUACUUUAGAAUGUUCUGCCAACUGAGCUACGCGGUCUGGUUGGUUCGAGCAUUCUAGUUCCUUGGAUAUCAGUGCAAUCUCGUAAUCAUGACUUUUUUGUGUUGGUAUUAUGUACUCAUGUGAAUAUGAUGCACUAAGAACUUGGUUAGAAGUGCUUUACCAGAAUCACAGGGUUGCAGACUCCCAUUAUAGACUAAUUUUAAAACUAGGCAAGGAGAUGCAAAUAAAUCACCACAGCUAGAAAGAGCAUACUAAAAUUAGUACUAUUACAAAGUUUGGUUGCGAAAUGUUGUAAAAUGCGGAAAAUAUAACCUUGCAAAUUUUGUAUGCAUAUAUUUUGUAUAUAUGUACUGUAUACAAAUUUUAUCUUGUAUUUCGUGCAGAAAUUGCUACCACAUUUGGGCCGGAAAUGGUAGCAAUUUCCAAAUCUUGCAAACUUUGCAAGGCUAUAUUUUCCGCAUUUCCGGUUUACAACAUUUCGCAACCAAACUUUGCAAGUUUGCUAAUAUUUUUAGUAUGCUCUUUCUAGCUGUGGUGAUUUAUUUGUAUCUCCUUGCCUAGUUUUAAAAUUAGUCUAUAAUGUUUUUUUUUGUUGUUAUUUUGCAACAGCUUUCAGCGAGCUUGCUAGUAGUCAUGUAAUUCGGCAAAGGUGUUGCAUGUGUGCGAAACAAGGUUGGGUCUGCCCUGGGUUGGUACAAAACUAACCCAGAAAAUUGAUACUGUAAAAAUUGCUCCAAUGUCAUUGGGCACUUCAGAUAAAAUAUUAGUGUUGGUGAUUUCAAUUGUCAAAAGCAAUGCAAGGUCAGGAAACCAGAAACCCAGGAAUUUGUUUCUUUGACCUUAACCCAUUGAGUCGCAUUGCACCCUGACGCACCCUACUUUAGUGUGUUACUCCAUCUAAUGCCAGAUGAUUUUACUCGUCAAGGGGAGAGCGAUGGCGCUUAAUGGGUUAACUGGCCUAUCUGCCCAUGUGUCUAGUUAACCCAUUGAGUCGCAUUGCACCCUGACGCACCCUACUUUAGUAUUUUACUCUGUCUAACGCCAGAGUAUUUUACUCUGUCUAACGCCAGACGAUUUUACUCGUCAAAGGGAGAGCGCUGGCGCUUAAUGGGUUAAUGCACCCCAAUAUAUUGGUAUCUCUGUCUGAUGCGAGAUGAUUUUACUCAUCAAGGGGAGAGUGAUCAAUGGUAAAUAAAGUUCUUUGUAAAGAUGCUGUUUAUUUUCUGUUAUAAAGCACUUCAGCAGCGUUGGAGAUAUUUGCUCUCGAUCUGACCAGUGAUGACAGAGAAAUGCCUGUGAAGGGAAUGCUCUCUUCAGAGCACAGGUAAAUACUUGUUGUUGUUGUUGUUGCUGUUGUUGUUGUUGUUGUUGUUGUUGUUGUUGUUGUUGUUGUUGUUGUUGUUGUUGUUGUUGUUGUUGUUGUUGUUGUUUGUUGUUGUUGUUGUUGUUGUUGUUGUUGUUGUUUGUUGUUGUUGUUGUUGUUUUUGUUUGUUGUUGUUGUUGUUGUUGUUGUUUUUGUUGUUGUUGUUUUUGUUGUUGUGUUAUUUUGAUCAUGGAUAAUAAAAUAAAUGGAUAGGAAACAAGUUGACGUGACCUAAUGUUUUCAAUGGGCUGAUGGCGUGAUUGGAUGUUGAAACCUAGUUGCAAACCAAAUUCUCAAAAACGGCAUGUUUAGCAAUAAUACAGCUAAACAUUUUAGUCAAAGAGCAAAUGAAUAUAACCACGCCAUUCUUUGAUGAAACCUCUAAGUAUUCCCAGUCAAUUUUAGCAAAUAUUUCAAGCACUAAACAGUGAAAAAGGCAUCCCAAAUUUCGUUAAAAUUGGGGAUGCCAAUUUCGUAGCUACAAAUGUAAAAAAAAAUACAAAACAAAGACGAAAAACAUUUACCUUGAAUACUUUGUCGUGGCUUAGGCAUGUUUUUAAAACAAUUAGACCAGUAUAUGCUUCAAUAUUACUCUUUUAAAGUGGAAAGUGUAGCGAAACAACAAAAAUGCCGAGAACUUUGCAAUACGCGUGACGUCAUAGAUUGCAACUAGGUUCUUUUUGCUUACGUCAGCUAGAGUCCUAUCCAUUUAUUUUAUUAUCCAUGUUUUGACUAUGCUAAUAGCCAGCCUGUUGUUCACUUUGUUCAUGUAAACACCCAUUUUAUGGUCAAAUUGAAAGCAUUCCACCAAUAAAAUAGCCUGAUUGCGCAGGCUGUGUCGACUGAUUGUGCCACAAUUGUAAAUUACCAGUGACUGAUUCUCGUCUGUAAUGUAAACAAAUCCUUUGUUUACAUUUUGAACUACUAUAUUUCUAAAAUAAGACCUAUACUAACUGAAUAUCUAACACUUUUUUGGUUAUUGUAAAUGAAUAUAAACUAGAGUAUGUAUCAAUUCAAAAAAGUUUGAAAGAUGCAAAAUUUGGGCAAUGUUUAUAUCUGCGGGUCCCCUUUGUUAUGAGCAGAACUGAUGCACAGAACAGAAUUGAUGUGGUCUGUAAUGUAUUGCUGAUACCAAUUUUAUAAUGAUGAUGUUUUGUUUUGAUUUUUUAAUUGAAAGGACAUUGUCAAGUUCAUGUGAAAGAGCUCGUGAAACUAUAUAUUAAACUUUAUUACAGAUUGUUUAGAUCUUGCUUAGUUUUCAAAAUAUUUCAACUGAAAAAAGUGAGCUGUUCGCCAUCUUGGAUUAUUGAGGAUAUGCAUGUUACGUCAAGAGAGGGGUCACGCUAAGUUUUUAUCUUGAGAGUAAGCGAUCAAUAUGGGUCCAAAACUUCGUUUCUGGUUGCUGUCUGAAAUUUAGAAAUGAUUAAAAACAUUUCAAACAAUUUUGGAUUCUUACUCGGUCAUUUUAGAGUAUAUAGUUUUAUUUUAUUUAACCCAACUCCUGACGUCAUCAAAACCAUAGUUAAUGAGGUAAAGAAUUAGUCCAAGAUGGCGGAAAGCUCAUUAAUUUUGGUCUAAAUAUUUCGAGAACUAAGCAAGAUAUAAACAAUCUGUAAUAGAGUUUAAUGUAUGAUUUUAAUUUAAGAGUUUGAAUGAGACAAACUGAUUUUUUAUUGCUUGCCAAUGCUCUUUAAUGAUAAUUUCUAACAUAUCAUGUUACGAAAAACUAGUUUCAUAACAUGUUACGAGAAACUAGUUUUUCGUAUCUCUAAGGAUGGUUCUGAAAUAACAUGUUACUGUAACAAUGCUCUUUAAUGAUAAUUUCUAACAUAACAUGUUACAUAACAUGUUUCAUAUGAAACUGGUUUUUAGUAUCUCUGAGGAUGGUUCUGAAAUAACAUGUUACUGCAACCAACGUUUUUGAAACCAUUCACAAAAUGUUAUGCUAAAGCACUUCAUGCAUAAAAAGGUUUUAUGUUAAAAUGCAAUCUGUACCAACAAUAUAUAUGUAUAUAUAACUUUUAAAGUACAUGUACAUAUUUUCUCAACAAUCAAUUGGUAUUACACAAUUGGAAAUACAAACAAUUCUACAGAUUCUAAUUGAUUUGUUAUAUACAGCAAAAAGUUGUUCAUUAAUAGUCCCAAAUCUGUUGGGCAUUGUUUCACUAUUUGGUCCAGAACGAUGUGUACACUGUUAAUGGACAGUAUUCCUCUAAUAAACAAAAUUUUGAUUUAGACAAGUCUAGACAAAAAUUUCAUCACAGCUUGAAAGAGCAUCGAAAAAUUAGUAAUAUUCCAAAGUUUUGUUGCGAAAUGUUGUAAAAUGCAUAUAAUACUACAGCCUUUGCGAAGUUUGCCAUUUUCCAGUCAUUUUGUAUUUACUGUACGUAUGAGAAAUUGAUACCUUUUUUCUGAAAGCGGUACCAAUUUCCCAUGCGUAAUACAAAAUGACUGAAAAACGGUAAACUUCGCAAGGCUAUAUUAUCCGCAUUUUUUACAACAUUUCGCAACGAAACUUUGGAAUAUUACUAAUUUUGUGAACCUCUUUCAAGCUGUGGUGAAAUGUUUGUCUUGACUUGUCUAGAUCAAAAUUCUGUUCAUUAGGGAAUAGGUCCAUUCAAAUCCUAGUUUUCGUGCAUCUAAUUCUGCGUAAUAGUUAAGUGUAUCUUCCAAAAUUCGCCAGAUUCCACAAGCUCGUCUGGGGUACAUAUGGUAUGGAGACGGAAGAGACGCCAUCUGGCAUACUGGUCGGAGGCACAGACAGCGGUAGUGUUGUGUUGUGGAAUCCUGUCAAGAUAUUGAAUGGAGAAACUGACGAUGCUGUUCUCAUUCAAAAUGAUAAACAUACAGGUACUUACGUAUAUUAUUCAUAAAAAUGGCUUUAAUUUUGAUGUUUUGGCUACACACGCAGUAAAUACACUGCUCAACUCUCAUGCAACUUUUGUUCUCGUUUGAUCAAGCAAUGAACGUUGAGAAAACUCUCAUGUAAACUCUCGCUUCUCAACUCUCAUGUAACUGUUGUUCUCGUUUGAUCAAGCAAUGAAAGUUGAGAAAACUCUCAUGUAAACUCUCGCUUCUCAACUCUCAUGUAACUCUUGUUCUCCUUUGAUCAAGCAAUGAAAAUUGAGAAAACUCUAAUGUAAACUCUCGCUUCUCAACUCUCAUGCAACUCUUGUUCUCGUUUGAUCAAGCAAUGAAUGUUGAGAAAAGUCUCAUGGAAACUCUCGCUUGUCAACUCUCAUGCAACUCUUGUUCUCGUUCGAUCAAGCAAUGAAUGUUGAGAAAACUCUCAUGGAAACUCUCGCUCGGUUGAGAUUGAUUCAGCAUGAAGCGUCACUGCACAAUGGGACAGGGUAACACCCACAUUUUUCUUUAGGAGCGGUACAAGCAUUGGACCUCAAUCCAUUCCAACCAAACCUCCUGGCCUCCGGCGCAUCUGAUUCUGAAAUCUACGUCUGGGAUCUAAAUAGUCCUGACAACCCCCUUACUCCCGGAGCUAAAUCACUCCCCCCUGAUAACAUAAGUUGUCUGUCGUGGAAUAGACAAGUUCAACAUAUUUUGGCCUCAACGUCACCGUGUGGGCGCUGUGUCGUAUGGGACUUACGAAAGAAUGAGCCGAUUAUUAAAGUCAGCGAUCAAGGAUCAAUGGUAUGUUGCAUUUGUUAUUAUUGUCUUUAUUAGGGUCCACUACAGUAUAUGUACAAAGUCUAAUUAUAAAGUUAAUUAUUCGGAGAGCCUAAAUGGGCGAGGCGCAAACGGGACUCGAAGAACCAUGCAAGGCACCUGCCCAAACUUAGUAAAAAUUUACUGUUCUAAUUGAAAAUCUAUACUGUUCUAGUGAACGUCGGAGGUGCAUACGCCUCAUAAAUAUCGAGGGUUAGUAAAUCCCCCAGUUGCUUCCCACAAUGCAUUGUAUUCCUAUUUAAUGAACGAACCGCGGGAAACAACUGGCACAAAUCGUAAAUGUACCCACUCAAGGUUUACCAACUAUAUUAUGUUGUGUUAUGUUUAUAUCAUGUAUUAUAUAACGGUAUUAUUAAGUUAAACGUUUAUUAUUACAUAAUGUUAAUAAACAGUUUGGACCUGUGGCAAGGACAGUCGCGAGUCAAAGACCACGUGCAAGACACGUCUAUGUCGUAAAUAGAGUUAACUAA